CAAGGAGUUUCUCCUUUAUUUAUAGGAGAGGAUAAAGACCAAAACACAAAAGGAAUUCUAUUCCUACAAGGAAACAAAUCACUAAAUAUGAACAAGGAAACAAAUCAAGAGCAAUCCCACUUAGAAUGGGAUUUGCUCUCCUUCUUGCCGUGUGGUCCAAGGAGCACCGCCCAACAGAGAGUACAACGGGGACUCGAAUGGAGAAUUCAUUGGAGAAAGAAGGAAAAAGAACAAAGGAGGAGGAAUGCAUUGAAUGCAGUCACUGCAUUCAUUUAAGUAGAGAAAGUAUCUCCCCUGCCGCUCCUCCUUGUUUAUUACUGGCUGCUGCUGCCGCCGCCGCCGGAGGUAGCAGUAAUGAUGGUAAUAACGAAUUGGGCCGGAUGGGGGCCCACCCCUUCCAUGAUGACCAAGAUAUAGAACAAGAAGAAGAAGGGGAAGAAGAAGAGGAGGAUGAGGAGGAGCUGGGCGCGGUGAAGGAGAUGAUGUUCAAGAUUGCGGCGAUGCAGCCGGUGGAGAUCGACCCCGCCACCAUCCGCAAGCCCAAGCGCCGCAACGUCCGCAUCAGCGACGACCCCCAGAGCGUCGCCGCCAGGCUCCGCCGCGAGAGGAUCAGCGAGAAGAUCAGGAUCCUCCAGCGCCUCGUCCCCGGCGGCACCAAGAUGGACACCGCCUCCAUGCUCGACGAAGCCAUCCGCUACGUCAAGUUCUUGAAACGCCAUAUCCGCCACCUCCAGUUCGGCCACCACCACCAAGUCCCCCCACCACCGCCUCCUCCUCCCGUCGGAAAUUGGCCCGCUCCCGACUCCACCUUCGCCGGGAAUGUGCUCACCGGCGAUCCGCCGGCUGGCCCCAUGUGUCUCAACAACAACCACGAGGUAAUUGGCGAUUAAUAUUGUUUAACUUAAGUAUGUAACCGAGGAUGAUCACUUCAUUAGUACGGAGUAAUUAUUAAUUAAUUACCAAUCAAACAAUAUGCUCAAAUUGAGUACGUACGUAUUUAUUUAUUGGGUGGAGACAAAAAAAACAUUAAAUUAUUAAGGCGCGCAGUGUAUUUAAUAAUGUGGGUGUGUGUAU